AAAUAAGGAGAUGGAGCCCACAUACAAAGGUAGUCCUGCUAAUGUGUGCCUCAUCCUCCACUCACAUUCAUGUUUUCUUUUCCUCCUCCAGAUUUUAAUGCCAAAAACAAAAAGAAAGUGGCAGAGAUAUACCAGGCCCUGAAUAGUGAUCCCACCGACGUGGCUGCCCUCAGACGCAUGGCUAUCAGUGAAGGCGGGCUCCUGACAGAUGAGAUCAGACGGGAAGUGUGGCCCAAGCUCCUCAAUGUCAACAUCAGUGACCCGCCUCCUCAGUCAGGAAAGGACCUGCGGCAGAUGAGCAAGGACUACCAACAGGUGCUGCUGGAUGUCAGGCGGUCUUUACGGCGCUUUCCCCCUGGCAUGCCAGAUGAAGAGCGAGAAGGGCUCCAGGAAGAGCUGAUCGACAUCAUCCUCCUAGUUUUGGAGCGCAACCCCCAACUGCACUACUACCAGGGCUACCAUGACAUCGUGGUCACCUUCCUGCUAGUGGUGGGUGAGAGGCUGGCAACAUCGCUGGUGGAAAAACUGUCUACCCACCACCUCAGGGAUUUCAUGGACCCCACGAUGGACAACACCAAGCACAUUUUAAACUAUCUGAUGCCCAUCAUUGACCAGGUGAACCCGGAACUCCAUGACUUCAUGCAGAGUGCUGAGGUGGGGACCAUCUUUGCCCUCAGCUGGCUCAUCACCUGGUUUGGGCACGUGCUGAUGGACUUCCGGCAUGUCGUGCGGUUAUAUGACUUCUUCCUGGCCUGCCACCCAUUGAUGCCCAUUUACUUCGCAGCUGUGAUCGUGUUGUAUCGUGAGCAAGAAGUCCUGGACUGUGACUGUGACAUGGCCUCAGUCCACCACCUGUUGUCGCAGAUCCCUCAGGACCUGCCCUACGAGACACUCAUCAGCAGAGCGGGAGAUAUUUUCCUUCAGUUUCCACCUUCGGAACUUGCACGUGAGGCAGCUGCCAAGCAGCAGGCUGAGAGAAUGGCAGCCUCUACCUUCAAAGACUUUGAGCUGGCAUCGGCCCAGCAAAGGCCAGACAUGGUGCUGAGGCAGCGCUUUCGGGGACUUCUGCAACCUGAGGCUCAAACAAAAGAUGUCCUGACCAAACCAAGGACCAACCGCUUUGUGAAACUGGCAGUGAUGGGGCUCACGGUGGCCCUGGGGGCGGCAGCGCUAGCCGUGGUAAAGAGUGCCCUGGAGUGGGCCCCGAAGUUUCAGCUGCAGCUGUUCCCCUGAAUUUGGCCAGAAGAGCUACUUCCUCGCCCAGUACAGCAAAGGCCUCACCCUCCGUGGGAGGACUGGGAGGCUGGAUUGCCUUGAUUAAAAGGGUUUCUGCCAGGGUGAUCUGUUCGUGCACCCUUGCCUGCCUGUUCGUGGCUGCCUUGGCUUGGGCAGCAGUGCAGCAGCAGAACCAACCUGCCACCCGCAGUGGACCUGGGUGCCCUGCAGCCUCCCCACACCGGAGAAGGGGAGGCUGGGCUUCCCUGGCUCUUGGGAGUCUCUAGGCUGCCAGGUAGAAAGUGAGCUGAUUCUGGAUGCUCAGUCAGACAGGAAGGAAGGGGCUACUCAGGUGGGGCCUUGGAAUGAAAGUGAAGGGGUUGAAGAAACCAGCCAGGGAGCCCAGCCUCCUGCCAGGGCCUCAUUCUCUCCUAAGAGCAGCUUCAAUGGCUGGUUAGAUCCAGAGUCAGGUGGGAAGUAGAUUACUAGCUCGUUCCUGUGUCAGUCCAGGAAUCAUGUGGGCAUUCCCAGUCUAGUGAGGAAUAGUCUUGCUUAGACUGGUUUUGUCUACCUUCUCAUUCUCCACAAGCAACUUUACUUAGAAAAGAUACUUUUAUUACUAUUUUUAGAAUUCUAUACACCUGACACAUAAGAUAGUCUCACUUUAUAAAAAUAAUAGUUCCUUCAUGGAAGAAAUGCUUCUCCUCAGAAGGAUGAGCAGAUCCUGAAGUUACUUUCUGCUCAGCUGUGUGACACUUCCCCUUUGCCUUGGUGGCAUUCCCAGUGUCCUGGCCCAUUUCCUUUCUUUCCCCAUUUUCCAACAGUAGGUACCACUCACUUCUUUCACCUUGUCUUUGGGUUUAUCUCAACUGCCAGUCUCUGCCUAGUUGGGAAUGUCAUUGGAAACUUACUGGCACCCAGCAAAGGGCAGAUGGGUAGCCUCAAGCGCUAGCAGGAGCCCACACAGCUGCCCUGCCCCAAGGGCCCUCGAGGCCCUGGGAACUGGGGUCACUCAGUCCUUCUGGGACAGCUUUCCUGUAAGCAAAGCCAGGUUGAUUUCUCCAUGAACUCUGGCUUGGAAAACAAAGUGCCUUUGCUGCUCUAAAGGAGGGUGUAUGCAGAGCAGCGUGUGCUUCUGGCUCCCCAUUCUUUUCUGGGCACCGCUCUCAUGGCAGGUGGUUUGGUGAACGUGCCAGUAGCACUGCGCCUGCCCUGGCCACAAUUCCACACCCUCCCCGUGUGCCAGUGCCUGGCUCUUGGCACGCCAGGCAGCUGGCUAUCUGCUGAGUUACACAAAGCACUUUAAAGCCAAAACAAGCGCACGGUGGGUCGUUCCCCAUGUGCGGUCCUGCCUGGGCUGGCUGGGAAGUGGACAAAGGACGCAGAGGUGGCAUUGUGGCAGACAUCCUGUGUUCUCCCAUGGCAGCCUUGUCCUCUCUGUAAAGUACUUGGACAGGGGUGGAGAGAGCAAGGGAGGAGAGCUUCAUGCUGGUGUCCUAGGAAGCAGGUGGGGUUUAUGCUGUGGCCUGGGAAGCAGAGUUUUCCAUGGCUUUGCUCACAUCAGGCCUCUCCCUGCCACUGAGGAGAAAGCAUUACCUGUUUACCUUCAGGUGAUUUACUUAUUCUGUAAAGAAUAUGUGUAAAUAUUUUGUACAGAGCCCUGUAUGAAAUAAAGAGCCAUAUGUGGUAACUAA